AACCACCUUUUCACUGCACUCCACUCCCGUACCUAUCGCCAUGCAUGGAAAGCACCCGUCCAUCAAGGCAUCACCUACAAAGCCCCGUCGCUGUCGUGUCUGUCGCCGUCGUCGACGCAGCAAACGUUGCCACUAGGCGCCGUCGGUCAGCUAGAGCUAAGCGAGUGAGGGAGGACGGUGUUUAGAACAUGGACACCAUCGAGGAGUGCGGCGAUGGAGGCCGACACCUGGGCCUUGGAUCCAGGAUACUCGUCGGCGUGCCGGACAACUCCCGCGGGUGCUCGGAGCUGCUGUCGUGGGCGAUCGGCGCCGUCGCGAAAGCCAACGACUCCGUUGUCGCCGUGCACGUCCUCGGAGGGAGGGGGAGGAAGAAGAGGCUGCAGAAGGCCAACGCGUUCGUCAUCUACAUGCUCGGGGAGUUUGUGGAGGCGUGUGAGGCAAAACAGGUCAAUUUGGAGGCUAAGGUGAUUUGCAGCUCAAAUGUUGGGAGAGCACUGACCCAGGCAGCUGCACUGACUGACGCAAACCUCCUUAUUGUUGGGAGAUCAAGAAACGCAUACCAUAGGAUUCAUUUUGAGACGGCAAACUACUGCUUCAUGCAUGCUCCAAAAAACUGCUCAGUGAUAGCUGUUGGAAGGGAAGGCCUAUCGCAAAGAAGUACUCGGUUGAAACCUCGGUCAUUCGACGACAGCAAUAUCUCUUCAAGUUCAACAUGGAGCAGAAGAUUCCCACCACUUCAGAAGCUACUUAGAUCAAACUCGACGCGAAAGUUGACUCAAUCUACGAACGAAGGUAUCGAGGACAAGAGCUCACCUAGAUCAGUUAUCGAUGGGCCAGACGAAGGGGGGCACCAUGUCACUGAAGAAUGCUACAGCACGUCUAGCAAUGAGGUGAGCCGGCGUGGCCACAACGGCAUAUGGAGGCGGUUGUCGGACAUGAAGCUCUGGCUUCCGUUCCUAAGGGCGAUCGGUGAUGAUAGUGCAAGAAGCAGCGACGUUUGUUCAACGUAUCCUGAAGAUAAAAAACCUGCCUUUAGGUGUUUCAGCUUUCAGGAGAUUUCAGUGGCUACCAAUGACUUCCAUCCAGAUAACAUGGCAGGAAGAGGAGGCUAUGCAGAAGUAUACAAGGGCAUCCUAUCUGAUGGCCAAUGUAUAGCUGUUAAGAGGCUGGCAAAAGGCAAGCCCAGUGAGCAGAAGGAAAAAGAGUUUCUUGCAGAAUUAGGAAUCCAGGGUCAUGUAUGCCACCCAAACACAUCCUAUCUUCUUGGAUGCUGCGUUGAGAAUGGGUUGUACCUGAUAUUUGAAUUCUGCACAAACGGAACUCUAGCAUCGGCUCUGCACGGGAAGAGUGGGAAAAUCCUUGAAUGGCCUUUGAGGUACAAGAUUGCGGUAGGUGUUGCGAGGGGCUUGCAGUAUCUGCAUAUGUUCUGCAGGCAUCGGGUCAUCCAUCGUGACAUCAAGGCCUCCAAUGUACUUCUCGGUGAUGACUUUGAACCACAGAUUUCAGACUUUGGACUGGCAAAGUGGCUCCCCAAGCAGUGGACUCAUCACUCUGUCAUACCAAUUGAAGGCACAUUUGGGUACUUGGCACCCGAAUACUUCAUGCACGGCAUCGUCGAUGAGAAGACCGACAUAUUCGCUUUUGGUGUUCUGCUGCUGGAGAUUGUCACUGGAAGGAGGCCUAUUGACUGCUCCAAGCUGAGCCUUCUACAGUGGGCAAAGCCACUCCUGGACGCUGGACAAGUGUCUGAACUUGCCGACCCGAACCUCGGCGACGACUACGACAAGGAUCAACUGAAGAGGAUGGUUGCUGUCGCAUCCCGCUGUAUUAUGAGACCGGCAAUGUGGCGGCCCUCAAUGGCCGAGGUUCUGCAUUUCCUGUCUACUGAUGAUUGUCUGAAGGAACCCGAGAAAUGGAACAUUCCGGAGGACGAGCUCGACGACAUGGAUGAUUGCACAUUGUUUUCUGAAUCUUGUUCUCCAUAAUUAAUAACCUUAUUUCUUUUUUAUUUGCUAUUGGCAUGCCUUUCUUCUCAUGGUGUCCAUGCUAUCUUUUAUGACUCUUUAUGGGUUUUUGAAUCUUAGAUGCUUGGUAUUUAAUCAUGUAAUUUACGAAGGAGAUUUUGGGAUGUAUCACGGGCUGGUUCAGCUUUAUCGGUUGAA